CUGCAUUCAGGAGUGAACGGGAUUUUAUAGGAAACUAGUUGUUUUGUAAACAUUGGAUUUUCAUGUGGAUGUUUAAUUCUACAGACUUCUUCAGUAUUUAUUUUUAUCAUGAUUUAUCUAAAAGCGUGAAAAUCUUUGAUAAUUUGGAUUAGCCUUUUAAUAGAAUUCAUCUUGUCAAAUUGUUUUUAGUUGAAGGAAAAUGACAAACCCAAAAGUUGCUGGUACUGCUGAAAUCUUGAGAGCAUCUCAGAAAGAUGAAGAAUAUAUGCAAUACUUGAGAAAUUUGAUUUCUGACGUCACUCAAAAAUGUUUAGGUAUACCUCUUUGGAUUAAAUGGAAGGACUUCAGCAGUGUGUUUUCUGAUGCUCUUUUCUACAGUCUUACUACAUUAUCUGGUCUUCAAACUCUUGGCGAAGAGUAUUCAAAUAUCAUUCAAAUUGACAGGAACCUAAAAUCAAUACCAUCUAAAUGGGUACGGUUUACAGAUAUCAGCUUGCGUACUUUUGGGUACUAUUUCUUGCUGAGAUUUCAAACCUGGCUGGAAAAUCAGUUGUCUUCAAUAUCUCCCACCGAAUGUAGUGAUAGUGAUGCAUAUAUCACCACUUUAAAAAACUAUUUACCAAUGAUAUUUAGAGCUAUUACGGUAUUGCAAAGAGUUCAUUUAAUUGCAUUUUACUUAUAUGGAAAUUAUCAUGAUGUUUCAAAGAGACUUACAGGAAUAAAGUAUCUUAUUAUACGUCGAUGGUUGUCUUUGCCAAAUCAACAAAGGCCAUACAGAAUACUAGGUUGGAUUGCUGCUUCUCAGCUUUGUCUCAGUUUAGCAAUCAAUUUGUAUACCUCUAGUACAAAAAUUUCACCUGUCAGUGUUAAGGAGCAAGUAAACAAUCAGUCUGAAAAUGUGAAUUCAAAGAACCAGUGUUCUCUUUGUUUUGAAAAGAGAAGUUAUAGUACUGCUACACCAUGUGGACAUCUGUUUUGUUGGUCUUGCAUUACCUCCUGGAUGCAAACUAAGGAAGAAUGCCCAUUGUGUAGAGAAAGUUUUCCACCAUCAAAGUUGAUAUUUCUGCAGAAUUAUUAUUAGACUUACUUUUUAUUUUGGAUACUUAAUUUUGAAUUUUAUAUUUGUUGAAAUAUAUGUAUUAUUUGUGGGAUAACUUAAAGCUUUGUCAAUGUUGUAACUAUAUUGAAUUAUUUGUACAUAUAAAAUUAUACCUUUUUUAAA